UUUCCCUCAGUAUCUUAUUUAUUUAUUUAUUUAUUUUUAUGUGUCUUCUUCUUCUUCAUCAUCUUUUUCCUUUGCAAGUUUCUACAUUUUCUCACAUUUUCUUUGGCUUUCCCACUGAUUUUCUCACGUUGUCUUUCCCUUCUUCGGAUGAACCGAAGGCAACCCUCUUUUUUCUUUACCAUUUUCUUUCAUUUCUUAUAUUUUCCCAUGUUCUGCUGCAAAGCACUGAUACAGUUGUUUUUCUCACAUUUUCCCAUUUCUUUGCCGCAUUUUUUUUUUUUCCCCUUUCUUGGUCUGUUUGGCAGAAAGGAAAUAGACGGUUGGACGCUGCUUUAGACGCCAUGGCUGCCAUGGGGUUUUCUGAGAAAUUGGUUACUCAAACAGUCAAUGAGCUGUUGAAAGUUUAUGGAGAUGGCGGAUGGGUCUUCAUUGAAGAGGCUUCAUAUCUGCUCCUUAUAAACAUCCUUCUUAAGAAACAAAAUGACGAUUAUGAAGAAAAGGAUACUUCAUUAGGAGAUGGAGAUAGAGGCAGAGAAGAUACUGAAACAUCAGCAGUUGGGCCUCCAACAACCAUUGAAUCUUUGGAUUCUGUGUCGCUUACUAAUGAUUCAGCUGAAAAGGAUUGCCUCCCAACAGCAGAAGCAGAAAAGAGAGGCCUAGAAAAUAUGGACCUGAACUCUAGGAAAAGGAGUGUGAAUUUUAUCGCAGGACGCAUUGUUAAGGACAUUGGAGCUUGUAAAUAUAAUAUGAAAAUCCUCGGCGGUUCCCAGCAAUUGGUGGGCGGUGUUUCAAGCGGGACACGAAAACCUUGCCAUGGCUGGCUUUCUGAUGAUGAUGAGGAUGAUGAUCUUGAGGAUCUACCUCCAGAUCCAUUACCAGAUUGUUUGGAAAAGCCGCUUGUUGGAUGGAAUGGGAAUAGAAAGCGCAAUAGAAGGUGGGAUAUGAGGCCUGAAGAUAUGUAAGGCUUAAUCAGUAUCUCCAUUUUCUCAUUGUUUAUAACCUUCUUUUACAGAAAUGUGGUAGUUGUACAUAAAUCACAGAAUUGGUAACACAAAGUCAUAGAAGGAUAGGUUUUUUUCUUUGUUAGAUUUCAGCAUAGCUCUAUAUAUUACCAGUUAAAUAUUAA